UCCUGUUUAUUCAUGAACAACAAGAAACGUCACCAAACCGCAAAUUUGCUUAAUAAUUAGUCGGAACCAAAUCGGGCCAUCGCAAGUCCUCAUUGUGCAUUCCCGACCAGCAAACCGCGGCUCCCCAUCCGAGGCGUGCCCCCCAUAUGUCCCCUUCUAGAAACCGAAAUCGAACUUUCCGCGACGCUGGCUAAGAAUUACCUUACAGGUAGUGUAUUAUUGUAUAACCUCGACCAAAAGUCGCGUCCUACAACUCGUUUCAGUCCGUGGUUCGCGUGUGCAUUUCAAUUCGAACCAGGUACUGAAGAUUUUCAAUGAAAAACUAGUGCGAAGUGCUUCAGCAAGUGAGUGCAAAUUUGAAAUUUUUCUUCGACUGUGUCUUCGGCCCAUUGGAAUAAUCGCCGGCAUCCAUGUUUUGACGCCACUAACAGGAGCAGUUGGUGCAAGCAAGAGGAAUCGUCUCACGAUUUGCUUGAAAAAUGGAAGGUAAAAUAUCGCACAGUGGUCUGUUGGCCAGAAGUCCGGAAGGCCACGCGGCUCGUGGAAUGCAGAUAAAAGGCAACGAAGACGUGUGGGUGGAAAUCCAAGCAAACACAUUUAGAAAUUGGGUCAACGAACACCUACCCAAAGAUCUUCGGAUUGUGGAUCUAUCAGAGGAUCUAAGAACUGGAGUGCGAUUAUGUGCCCUGGUGGAAGCUUUGCAAAAACGCCCCUUAAAACCAGGAUGGAACAAAAGGCCCGCCAACCAACAUCACUACCUCGAAAACGUUACCACCGCAUUGAAUGCCAUCGAAAAAGACGGCGUCAAGUUAGUAAAUAUUGGCAACUUGGACAUAGUGAAUGGUAAUCUCAAGCUCAUUCUGGGUUUGAUAUGGUCGCUGAUUGUGCGAUACCAAAUCGGCCGAUCCAAAUUUCCGCCUCGGAAGCUGAUGCUGGCGUGGUUGCAGGCUGUUCUUCCCGAAUGCAAAGUUUCCAACCUGACUACGGACUGGAAUUCUGGAGUGUUACUUUCAGCUUUGGUGGAUUACUGCGAGCCCGGCCUGUUCCCGCAUUGGCGCCGUCUGGAUAAGGGCAAUGCGAUCGAAAACUGCCGCAAAGCAAUGAACAUCGCUCAGAAGGAUCUGGGAAUUCCUGCUGUACUGGAGCCCGAAUAUUUAGCCUCGCCCUGGCUUGACGAACUGUCCGGAAUGACCUAUUUGUCCUACUUUAUGAAGCCUGGAUCGCCGGGUUUCCAUGCCACCUUGAGAUGGGUCAAUUCCAGACUAGAGCGGCCAGUCCAAAAUUUCACCAGCGAAUGGAACGAUGGCCGAGUGCUCAGUGAAGUGAUCCGGUCGUUGGGCGGCUCGGCUGCAGCCCCGGAGAAGCUCAGAACCGAUCCGGCCUUUUGGGAGCACAACCAAAAUCAGGCGCUGGAUGCUGGAAAGCGACUCGGUGUAAAGCCGGUGCUGUCCGCUAAGGACUUGGCGGAUAAGAACGUGGAACACUUGGGAGUGAUGGCGUAUGCAGCUCAUUUCCAGUGGGUUCCUGAGCGCCCUCCACUUCACGACCUCAUCAAUGUUUUGCUGAAUUCCACUUCAGGGAGAGUGGGGGAACCGACUCACUAUCAAGUAUCGCUGGUGGACUCUCAACUCAGCUACUCCAAAGUGUCCGUGCACAUUCGAGGGCCAGACCACAAGGUGUACGAAGACACACGGCUGAAAAAUGGCCGCGGCUCGUUUGUGCCCUCAAAGGUCGGGAUGCACGAGCUGGUGGUGAACUACGAGGGCGACGAAGUGCUGGCUGGACACUAUUUCAGGGUUUUGCCGCUCUUAGUUGAAGUUGCGCCUCCCGGUAUGGCUCCGUGCGCUUUGGGAUCGCUGGUGCAGGUCUUGGUCAACGCCACGGGCGCCCCAAAGCGGGAAGACAUCCUGGUGACAGCCUACAGUCCCACGGGACGCCCACUGGACUGUCCCUUAACCACGGUAGAUGCUACCAAUAGUGCCACUUUCAAGCCAGAUGAGCCUGGAGAGUGGCGCAUCGAAAUCACGUAUCAAGGAAAGCAAAUUCAGGGUGGCCCAUUCACUUGCUCCGUUUUCGAUCCGAAUGGCGUCAAAGUCUCCGGCCUGGAAGGAGCGCUUCCCCUAAUUCCCCACAGCAUCGAGCUGGAUUGUCGAAACGUCGGAGUGCCUGGGGAGGUGUUUGCCGACAUUGUGCACGAUAAAAGAUCCAUCCAUUGCCAUGUGGAGAAGGUGGAUAAACUAGGCUUCCACUACCGGGUGCAUUUUACGCCAAAAGAGGCAGGCAAGCACAGGGUCUAUGUCUACUUCAACGGCUACGACGUGAAAGGCUCUCCAUUUAUGAUGCGGGUGGGCACCCAACGAAGGAGCAAACCUUCCACUUCCAGCCCGAACAACACGUACAGACAAAGCCCGACCAACCGCUAUGCCAGCCCGAGUCCCACUUCCAAAAACACCAUCUACAACAGCUACAGGCAAAACGCCAGUCCUCUGCUGGAGGAGACGCACAGGUACGCGCAGGACUACCACAUCAGAUCAGUGGCGGAGAAGAGCAGGAUCACCUCGAAUUCUCCCAGUUACGAGCGAAAUGCAAGUCCCAGCUAUGUGCAGAGAACGUCCAGUCCAAGAAAUGAGAGUCCCAACUACGGCACUAGUCAGCCUUACGGCCGGGAGAGUCCGGACUACAUUACCAGCAAAAGGUUGAACGAGAAGCGCUACGAUACAUCGAGCCCCAGUUUUGCAAAAAAGGCCGAUUCCAGCUACACCAGCAAAAUCAGCUCAAUGAAACUAUCGGACAGCAGAAGUCCCCACUAUGGGGAACGAGCCAGUCCUGAUGUGGACUUCACCUCGAGUUCCAGAUACGAAAAGCGAUCCAGCGACAGCAGAGCGUACAACAGCUACAGUGAAGGAGUUGACACUAGUCCAAUCGUGAAAGUGUCCGCAAUGACCGACCAGUCAACCAGACGGGACUCUUGGGACGCCAUCAAUAAGACCAAGAAUAUAUUCUCGGACAGGAGUCUGGAGUCUUUGGCUAACCUCACGCAGUCUCAGCUGGAUUCGGAUGUUAGGCGGCAGAAAACUGAGGAGCACAACAGGUUUUUAAUGAAUGAACAUCAGUACACAUCGCAGUCCGACUACAAGCAAAACUACUCCGAAAAAUACACGAACAACGUCGACACCUACAACGGGCGCAGUUACGGGCGCAAUUCUCCCAUUUAUAAAGUGACGACCAAAAGCAGUUCCGGAGGAGCUUCCUCUGUUAAAGUGCAACCGGUUCCAGAUGGCGUGUUGGGACAACCUGUCGAGUUCGAAAUUGAUGGCAGUGGCGCCGGUUCUGGAGACCUGGAAAUCCUGGUGGAAGGUGGCCGGGUAACGUCAAGCGUGAGAAGUUUGGGCGGUCAACGGUUUAAGGCUGCUUUCACCCCCCAUCAAGCUCUGCCCCAUCGGGUCGACAUCCAGUUUAAUGGGGACACAGUUCCAGGAAGUCCCUGGCACGUCAACAUCAUGGCCAACACUGGCUCAAACAUAUCGGUGAUGGGCGAGUCCACUCGGCUCGUGCCAGCCAACGCGCCGGCCAUUUUCGAGAUCAUCACCAACACGAACAUCGCUCCAGAUGACCUGCUAGUGCAUGUCAUCGCUCCCAGCAAGCGAACAGUACCAGCCCGCGUACUGCCUGGAAAUCGCACAGGUGUUCAAAGCGUCGAGUUUGUGCCAACGGAAGUGGGCACCCACAUUGUAGAAGUCACGGUUAAUGGGGAUAAACUGCCAUCAGGCCCCUUGAUCGCCAAAGUGUACGACGCUGGGCUGAUUCAAGUGGCCGAUGUCAGUGGCGGAGUUGUGGGACAACCCGUCCAAUUUAGAGGUAGGUUUAUAAAAUGUUUUAAAAUGCUCUCAUUUUCUGUCGCCGAUGGGCCUCUAGAAAUAUCCAGCUUUUUCGCGGUGUUCCAUUGUUUUUCUUCCGGCGACUUGGCGAGCAUGAAAUGUGCAGCCCACUUGUGGGUACAUUAUGUCCACAUGGGUGUGGCUGGGGGAGGAGCCGCCGAACUGGCGGUGGCCGUCAGAGGCCCCAUUGGGGAACUCCCUGUCAAAGUGACAGGCGAUAUCCAUUCGGGAUUCACGGCCGAAUUCACUCCGGUGCAAGUGGGCGGCCACCAAAUCAGCGUGGAGUACAACGGGAGGCCAGUCCAGGGCACCCCCUUUGUUGCCAAGGCGUUCGAUUCCAAUAAGGUGACAGUGGGCACAGUGGCGCGCGGCACCGUAGGCCGACCUGUGACCUUUUCUGUGGACGCCAGCGAGGCGGGCGAGGGUAAUUUGGAAAUCACAAUAUCGGCCAGGGGGCUGAACAUUCCCACUCAAGUGCAUCCGCAGGGAAAUGCGCGUUUUGCAGUCAGUUUCGUGCCUGCGGAGGCCUGCGACCACGUCGUCAAUGUGGCCUUUAAUAAACGACCGGUCGUGGGUUGUCCGUUGAUUGUUUCGGUGGGUGGGAGUGGGACUGGGCCCAGCGUGACCUUGCCCGGUCCUGGACCCGUCCACAGGCCCAGCACCUUGUUGGUGAACCAUCCUGGACGCCUGGAAGAUAUCGAAGUCAAUGUGGAGGGUCCAGGUGGACAGGCGGUGCCCACCCAAGUGCAACCUCUAGGCAACGGCCAGUACCAAGCCGAAUUCGUCCCACGAGUGGUUGGCGAGCAUCGAAUUAAUGUGUCGGUUUGUGGGGUUCCCACAGUCGGAAGCCCCUACGCUGCCAAGGUUUACGACGUCCAAGCCAUUAAAGUCAAGGAAUCUGCUAGUGGAGUCGUUGGCAAGGCGGUGACCUUCUUAGUGGAAACCAGCCAAGCUGGACCAGGAAACCUCGAGGUGACAGUGAAUGGGGGGUUGGUGCCAACUUCAGCGCAAGCUCAAGGCCCGCACACUUACGCAAUUUCCUUCACUCCUCGAGAACCGGCGGUACAUUCAGUUGAUCUUCGCUUUAAUGGGCAGGAUGUGCCGGGGAGUCCCUUCAAGUGCAGUGUCAUGCCAGCAGCCCGGAUUCUGGCCCCAGAAGCGUUGGAUAAAGUCUCAGUUGGCAGACCUUGCAGUUUUCUCGUUGAAAGCCCCACGCCGCCCAUCGUGGAGGUCCUGGGGCCUGCUAGGCGAUCGUUGCCCACUCAAGUGACUCCCCAGUUGGCAACAACCGGCAACUUCGAAGUGGCCUUUACUCCUCUGGACGUGGGCGAUCAUAGCGUGGAGGUCCGCCUCCCAUCUGGACACAUCGAAGGCAGUCCUUUCUUGGUGAAGGCCUACGAUGCCAGCCGAGUCACUGUUACGGACAUAAUGGACGGAGUCGUGGGGAAGCCGGUCUCAUUCAGCAUUAAUGCUUCGCAAGCUGGAGCUGGAAAUCUGGAAAUUAUUGUGGCAGUGGGAGGGCGAAAUGUGCCCAACUUUGUGCAGAGCGAGGGAAAUGCGCGCUUCAAAGUCAAUUUUAAACCCACUGAAGCUGCCAUCCAUACUCUGAGCGUCAGGUUUAACGGUCAGCCAGUGCCUGGUUCUCCAUUCAGCUGCAAGGUUCAGCCUGGCAACAUUCAACCUCGGGUUCCAGUCUCCGGAUCGGGCAUUGAAUUGGCUUCGGUCAGCGUGCCUGCAGAGAUUCAAAUUGAAGGCGUCACUGGUGCAGUCCCUCAAGUAAUAGUGACAGCGCCCACAGGAAAAAUAAUCCCAGUUAAACUGUCCACCAUAGGCGACGUCUACACGGCGCAUUUCAUCCCCGAUAUGGUUGGGCGUCAUUCUGUGGCCAUUCUCAUCAAUGACCAGCACGUGAUUGGUUCCCCAUUCAGCUGCAACGUUUACGAUGUGAACAAAGUGAUCGUUACUGGUUUGCCUGGAAAGAAAAGCGACCUCAACCUGUCCAUGAGCGAUCUGUCCCUAAGCGAACUGGGGCCUGCUGAAGUUGGCAAACCCGUAACAUUCAGUGUGGAUGCUGCCCAAGCAGGAGAAGGCACUUUGGAGCUGGUUGUGUCCACUCAACAGACCACCAUCAAGGCCGAAGUGGUGGCUUGCGCCAGAGGAUUGUACGAUGUCACCUUUGUUCCCCUCACUGCCGAGGAUCAUUUUGUUAACAUCACCUUCAACGACAUUUCGGUAGUCGGAAGCCCCUUCCACUGCUCAGUGGUGGAAGGAACGCAGUAUUUGCAAAUAGGGACGUCCAGUUGCAUGGAUUUGCCAUCUGAAAACCAUCGACUGGAGAUUAAGGACCCCAACAACCACAAUGUGAAGUACGUGGUCAAGGACUACAAGGCGCACUUUGUGUUGACGCAAACAGGGACCUAUCGAGUACAUUCCUAUAAAGGACAUGAAUUAUACUCUACUAGAACCAUGCAUGUGUUUGAUACGACCAAAAUAGACGUGGUAAACGUGCCCGAAGCCAUCUGCCAUCGUCCCGCAGUGAUCGGCAUUAAUAUGGCCAAAGUGGGACCCGGCCAGCUCUCAGCAUCUGUCCGGGUGGCCAACAGGGAUGUUCCUCAUAGCGUCCGACAGAGCCCCAUGAACCCCAACAUGUGGGAGGUGGUGUUCCAUCCGCUCAUCGCCGCCCCCCACCGCAUCACCCUACUGUACAACAACGUCCCUAAACAGGGCGUUCUUGAAGUUAAUGUGAAGAGUCCUGGUAAUGAGCCGUGGGCAGGCGGAACAGGUUUGUAUCAGGCCAAAGUGGGCAGGGUGACCUCAUUCCAAAUAGACACGUUGGGAAGAUCCGCUCGAGAAUUCGAUGUGGUAGUGAGUGGGCCGACUGGUUCGGCGGUCCCAGUCCGUUGCUAUCAAACCAAAACUGGGAAACUCCAGGCUGAAUUUACUGCGCGAGAUGUUGGUGCACAUAAAGUGGAGGUGCUGCAUCAGGCCAAGCCCCUUAAUGGCAGUCCCUUCGUUUGCCAAGCCUGCGAUCCGGAAAACGUGCGGAUCGUCGACAUCCCCACCUCCCAAGGAAAUGUUGGUGAAAGGAUCGUUUUCAAUGUGCUGACUAAGAACGCAGGCGUCGCUGACUUGGAGGUGCAAGCAACCAAUCCUAUUGGGCAAACGCUGGCCACUCAAGAAAUGUCCUUGGCUGAAAACUUGUCCCAAAUCAGCUUCCUGCCCAGCUCUGCCGGUCUAUAUCAAGUCACAGUUAUGUAUGGCGGUGUUGCCGUGAAAGGCUCGCCUCUGGCUCUUGGAGUGGGUCCAGUCGGCCCCACUCCUCCCCCUAGAGCAGUAGGCAAGGGCCUGGAGCACGCGCAAGUGGGCGAAAGGGCCACCUUUACAGUUAGCAGCGUGGUACAGCCCAGAGUCACCAUAGAGGCUGUUGAGGGCAACAUUGACGCCCACAUACAGAGCCCCAAACCAGGCGAAUAUACCGUAACGUACAUGCCCAAAUGGGUUGGAACUUAUGAUGUGAUUAUUGGUGUUGGCCCGAACGAUCUGCCCGGGUCGCCAUUUAGACCGAACGUAACAGACCCGGAAGCAGUUCGAUUAAUAGGCGGUUGGACCCAAUACCUGGAGGACUCUGGGAAGAUCAAACUACCGGCAAAGUUGGCUUUCGACGUUGCCAAUGCCGGUCCGGGCCUGUUGGAGUGCAAAGUGGCUGGGCGCAAAAUCAACCCGGAAAAGAGCGGGUCUCGAGUUCGAUUUGACAUAUCAGGUGAAGGCUUGAACUCUGGAGAGCAUGAUUUUGAGGUGAAGUUCGCCAAUGUUGAGUUGCCUGAUGCCCCCACGACUGCUGUAACGCUUGGCGAUCAAGUAGUGUUGACUGGGAGAGGCCUGGCCGAGGCCAAGUGCUGUGAGCCCGCAGUGUUUACUAUUGACGGCUCCAAAUCCCAUUCAGGCAAUCCCGAGGUGACUCUCCAUGCCGCCGACACCAACAUCCCAGUGCCAGUAAUGAUUAGUCUGGCGGGCGAAAAAGUCUGGCGAGCCUCCUACACCAUCAACACGCCUGGAAACUAUCUGCUGUCCGUCCUGUGGGCUGGACGCCCAGUCAAAGGCUGUCCGCUAAUGGUGGAAGCCAAAGGAGGGGCCGAUGCAUCCAAAGUGCUCUGCUCGGGCGAAGGCCUCCGGCAAGGAGUUGUAGGCCGGGAAAUCCGGUCUUGGAUUGACACUAGGCGUGCCGGCCCUGGGGAAUUGACCGCCCAUUGCGCUGGACCCAGAAAAGUCGCCUACUGCGAGCUCUACGACCAUGGAGACGCCACCUUUACGUUGAACGUUAAGCCGCAGGAGCCAGGCAAGCAUCAGCUGACCAUCAAGUAUGCUGGGCAGCACGUGCAAGGCUCGCCCUUUAUUUUGAAAGUCGCUGGAGCACCGGAUGCUAGCAAGGUUCGCGUGUAUGGUCCAGGCAUAGAACAUGGAGUGCUGGCAACUUUCCAGUCGCGAUUCAUCUGCGAUACAAGAGGAGCGGGAGCCGGGCAGCUGACAGUAAGAGUGCGCGGCCCUAAGGGGGCUUUCCGGGUGGAAAUGCAACGAGAAAGCCAAAAAGAUCGAACGAUUCUUUGCAAAUUUGAUCCGACUGAACCAGGCGAUUACCGAGUGGAAGUGAAAUGGGCAGGGGAGUUAGUCCCUGGAUCCCCCUUCCAUGUGAUGAUUUUCGAUACGCAGGAAGAGCUGAGGAGAUACAUUGCAUCCUUAUAGAGUCUAGUAGCAAUCGCAUUUAUUGUGUUUGUAGAUCGAUUUCAAAUUCUCUCUCAGAGACUCUAUCCAGAUUUUUACAGUACAAAUAAGUUGAAAAGUAUUUAAAUACCCGCCUCUUCUCAUCUCUAUAUGUACGUUUUAAGAUACUAUUUAUUCCAAGUUUUUUGCUGCCGCGGCCAUUAAAGCAGCUGCGUAACGUUGUAACUCGUUUUUGGUUAUUUUGCAGGAUUGUCUAUUUUAAUAUAGUUGUUAUUAUUUUAACAAA